AUGGGACGAAAGGUCUUUUUAGUGUUUUCUUCCGUCGGCUGCCAAUUAAGUGACUUGGUUCCAGCGAAUAAAGGUCGACAGUCCUUGGUUGACUCAUUGAUAAUAGCAUAUGAUUUGCAUUCGAAGUGUGAGAUAAUCUCUGUUGCUAAUGCUGAUUCAUCAGAUCUCACCGCGUAUCAUUCACCACAAUAUGUGGCCAAAUUGCUAGAAGUCAGAUCUGAUGACUUUUCUGAUGAAGAAGAAGAAGCAAUAGAAAGGCUCAAGAAUACUCUUGGUGUAACAUGUGAUGCUAACAGUAUUCGAACAGCAGAUAGUGAUAAAGAAAAUACUCAGCUUGAUCAUGUUGGCGACGAUAUGUACGGCCUCGAGUAUGACACGCCUGUAUUUCCUUUCAUGAAUGAAUAUGUUAAGUUCGUGGCUGGAUCCUCACUUAGUGCAGCUCGCUGUCUUCUUACAUGCGUUAACUCUCGAAGGAUAUCUAUCAAUUGGUAUGGGGGAAGACAUCACUGCUUCAAGAAUCGGGCUUCUGGUUUCUGUUAUGUCAACGAUGUUGUAUUGGCCAUUUUGAAGCUACGCCAAAAGUUCAAGAAAGUUGCAUACGUGGAUCUAGAUUUGCAUCAUGGCGACGGAGUAGAACGUGCCUUUCAAUUCUCUCACAACGUCACCACUUGCUCUGUUCACAUGCAUGAUAUCGGCUUCUACCCAGGAACUGGGGGCUUAAAAAGUUCACGAAGAGGAAUGUAUAACAUUCCCCUAAAACGGGGUCUAAAAGAUGAGACUAUGGUACAAGUAGUCCGAGAUUUCGUCUGUCCUUUAAUCAAAGCAGGGGAUCCAGAAGUAAUAGUACUACAGCUUGGUUGUGACGGAUUAGUUUCAGAUCCUCUGGGGCAAUGGAAUUUAACCAUUCGGGGUUAUUGGCUGGCCGUUGAGCUUAUUUUGAAAUGCUUCCCAAAUGUGUCCUUUUUAGUGUUGGGAGGCGGAGGUUAUGAUCAUACUGAAGCCGCCAAGUGCUGGGCUUAUAUCACUAAAAUGAUAAUCGGUGACGAAUCGGAAUGGACGGAAAUUCCUGACCAUGACCAUCAAGAAGAUUACUCUCGUGAUAGCUUCCAAUUUUGGACAGUUAAAAACCAGGAACCGAAAGUCGGGCGAAAGGAUGAAAACACCCCAGAGUACCUACAAAUGCUUAAGAAUCUGUUGGAUAUAUUCAUGUGA